UGCAACACAGGUCUGUCUUGGUUGUACUCUUAACCUUGGAGGUAUCUAGAUAUCCUCUGACGAAACUGAAGACCGUGCAGCAACUGCAACUUGUGAUCAUUUUAAGGAAUAGAGGGAUUUGUCGUUGUGUUACAUGUAUCUUCCGAUUAAUGAAGCAGUGGCAGGGGGUUCUCUCUCUGUGUUGAGCGUUCUUUAUAUGUUUUUAUUUAUGUUUUUAAGAUCUGUAUAGUUAAUAUUGAAAGUAUUCUUCCUUUACUUUUUCCUGUCUGUGCAAUAAUACUGUGGCUUGCUCUUAAAAUUGUCACCAGCUCCCAGCGUAGUCUGAUGUGACCAGAUCUGCUUGGGGAAUUCAGAGGACAAUUACCAAUGCUCGGUGUAGAAGAUUCAGAGCUUAUAGGAAAGAUGGAAAAUUUAAAUAUAUUUCCAUUGAAAUGACCAUGGGAUGGUUGUAGAAUACGAUGCAAAGUGUUUCCACUGCACGUAUAGCCUUCAAAGUGCUUCCUUCAUUAUAAAUUAUGUGAAAGACACUGAAAAUUAGAGUAUUGUCAUAAUGAAAGUGCAAGUGUACCCAAGCAGGUGUGCUGUGUUAAUGCCACUCCCUGGUAUGCAGGCAAGCUGUUGGGUGUGCUGCAGUUUGUAGCAGGCAGAUUUAUGGAUAGCAGGCUGUGCACUACACCAGAAUACCAUUAAAGAAGCAAGUUUUAAUUAUAAAAUACGGAUAUAUGGCCAUGAUGAUUAUCCUUCAUACUGUUCUUUCUCAUUGUAGUGAUAUUAAAUAAGAAACCCGUGCUAGAGAUUCUAAAUUAUAAUAUUAGACUUCUAAGAAGCCCCCUGCGCCAUGGAUCUCUUCUCGAAAAGCACCAAGUAGUGAUCCAGUUGUUUCUGUUACUAAUUGCAUUUCCUACUUAAUUUUUAACCCAUUGUAGCCCUGUCAAAAGUAUGCUCCCACUGCAUCCAUGUUCUUAAGGUAAUGAUACAAAAAAUGAGCGCUCUUGGCAUAGAAAUGAUUGUUUGUGAUUGCAGAAUUCAAAUUUUGUCCACUUCCUGAUUUGAUUUUUUAAUUUUGUCCUGUACACAAAGUCACACGGAGGAAGACUGAGUGGAGAGAGCUUUGGGUGCAAACUGAAGUGUAUCUGAACCUUCUUUUAUUGCCAAGAGUGAAGAUCGUUUGUUUAAACGUUUAUUUGAAGACUAUCAAAGAUGGGUUCGUCCAGUGGAACACCUGAAUGAUACGAUAAAAAUCAAGUUUGGUCUUGCAAUCUCUCAGCUAGUAGAUGUGGAUGAGAAGAAUCAGCUGAUGACCACAAACGUCUGGCUGAAACAGGAAUGGAUAGAUGUAAAAUUAAGAUGGAACCCUGAAGAGUAUGCUGGAAUAACAUCUAUUCGUGUCCCGUCGGAUUCUAUUUGGAUCCCAGACAUUGUGUUAUAUGACAAUGCAGAUGGACGUUUUGAGGGGACGUCUACUAAAACUGUGGUAAAAUAUGAUGGCACCAUUGCUUGGACUCCACCAGCAAAUUACAAAAGUUCUUGUACUAUUGAUGUAACCUUCUUUCCCUUUGACCUCCAAAACUGCUCUAUGAAAUUUGGUUCCUGGACUUACGAUGGCUCCCAAGUUGAUAUAAUUUUAGAAGAUUAUGAUGUUGACAAAAGAGACUUUUUUGAUAAUGGAGAAUGGGAAAUAGUGACUGCAACAGGGAGCAAAGGAAAUAGAACUGAUGGAUGCUGCUGGUAUCCCUUUGUUACGUAUUCGUUUAUAAUUAGACGUUUACCUCUUUUUUACACGUUGUUUCUCAUCAUUCCUUGCAUUGGACUUUCUUUUCUAACUGUCCUCGUCUUCUAUCUUCCUUCAAAUGAAGGUGAAAAAAUUUCCCUUUGCACUUCAGUCCUGGUUUCUCUGACUGUUUUCCUUCUUGUCAUUGAAGAGAUUAUUCCAUCGUCUUCUAAAGUUAUCCCACUUAUAGGAGAGUACUUGGUGUUUACUAUGAUAUUUGUGACUCUGUCCAUCGUGAUAACUGUCUUUGCUAUCAAUAUUCAUCACCGCUCUUCGUCUACACACAACGCCAUGGCACCUUGGGUUCGCAAGAUAUUUCUUCACAAACUUCCCAAGCUGCUUUGCAUGAGAAGUCAUGUAGAUAGAUACUUUGCUCAGAAGGAGGAAAAAGGAAAUACGAGUGGAUCAGAGUCAUCCAGAAACACCUUGGAAGCUGCUCUAGACUCUAUCCGAUAUAUCACAAGGCAUGUUAUGAAGGAGAAUGAAGUUCGUGAGGUUGUUGAAGACUGGAAAUUUAUUGCUCAGGUGCUUGAUCGAAUGUUCUUAUGGGCCUUUCUUCUGGUUUCAAUAAUUGGAUCACUUGUGUUAUUUAUUCCUGUUAUUCAUAAAUGGGCAAGUAUAAUAGUACCUGUGCAUAUAGGCAGUACAAAUACAUAAGAUAUUUUUGGAUCUCCUGUUAACAUCAUUCUAAAAAGGUUUGGUAGUAUUAAGUUUCCAUGCAUGUUCUUUGUAGGCACGUUUCUGAUAGGAAAAAAAAAUACAGUCCUAAACUUAACAAUUGUGAUGUUAAAGCAUGGCACGUAGGACUCACAGAAGUCAGUUUGCUUAGUGCCAGUCUAUUAAGAUACUUGGACAUCAUGCCAAAAUCAAAGACCUUUGCAAAUAUCUGCAUGUGUGUGUUAGGAGCAGUACAUACUGACACCUACUGAGAAGGAGAAGGAUUGAGAUUUCUUAAUGAAGAUCACUGUAGUCCCAUUAUUAAGUUACUAUGGGAAAUAUUAUAUUUAUUGUUAAAUUUUUGCAGAUGCUUGCACAAUAGAGUUGUAUUUCAUCUUAUUAUAUUAUGCAAAUGAGAACUUGUAUCUACACAGUAAAUGAAAAAUUAUAAUAGAAACAUCACUUCCUUUCUUUUCAGCAGAUCAAUAAACAGAGCAUUCUGACUGCGUUAUGCCUCCAUAAAUUUUCAGUGGCAUUUGCUGCUGAACUUGAAAUCUUGUUCAUUCUACCAUACUAAUGUGACCCUGUGAUAUACUGAGCCUUAAAAUGCUUACAGGAUACGUGAGUAUUGACAUCUCUGUGUCAGCUAGAUCUCAUAUAUGUAUAUUUAAAAUUAACAAUUAAUGAUAAUAAAAUUAUUUACUCUAAACUAUAUUAAUUAAAUAAUGGGUGUUAAUUUUCAAAUGGAUUCCAGUGCUGCUAUUCUUAAAAGUUUUAUUUCUGGCAGAGACUCUAGAAGAGAACGUUUUUCCUACACGUUAGGUUUUGUCAGUUUCUUUGUUCCUUCACAACACAGCUGAUUCCAGCAGGGCUCAUGUGCAGCCUUUCAAGUCCCCUGCACAGGGAAAUGAUGCCAACUAAUCUGUAACAACCUGCUGUUAUUUUUUACCAAGUUAUAAAUAAUUCUGGUUGAAAGAGAAACAGCUCUUCCUCUUCAGUUCCACAAUUCCAUCUAGUGUUAGAUAUCAGUAUUCUCUGCUUUCCCAUCAUAAUUUAUUUUAAAAGUGAAUUUGCAGUCUGAUUUAAUCCAUUAGUACAGCAACUUUUUCAGUAUCACUAAUAUUAAUGCAUCAGAAACUGUGUGUGAAAAUUGCAGAAAAGCUUUGGGCAUCUUGUUUCCUUUCCAAAUGCAAAGUUUCUUUUUAUAGUCCUCCUUAGCUUUGAAUUACUUACUACAGUUUACCCUUAUCAGAAAGGAAUACAUUAGCCAUGUAUCUUUUUAGCUCCCCUCCUGCACCUUGUUCAAUAAUGUCUGAAGACUCUUAAUUACAUCAUGGGGUAAUUGGCAGUGUGGCCAACGGAGUUCCAGCCUUUAUACUAGUAACUAGCAAUUUCUGUAAAUGCAUGAAGUUCUUUCAGUCGUUUCUUUAAUCAGAUCACGAUGUCUGUGGAUGAAAAAGAUAUGUUGGAACCCUCGGGGUUUUCAGCUCAUCCUCAGGUGUGUGUGAAACGAAAUUAUUUUUAAUAGACUCAGAAGCAUGGGCCUUUACUUAUGUAACUCCCUUCUGAAUGUGCUGAGAUGUAACUACUGUAGUUUUGUCUCUUGGUCAAAAUAAAUGAAAGAAAAUCCC